AAUGCGAUCAAACGUUUGUCUCACGCAUUGGCGGCCCACAAAAUGGUACCUUCACAGCACCGCUGUUGCACAAUCACCAGAAUCAUUCGCGUCAAUGUCUCUACACUUUCCUAGCAGGACCCGGACAACGAGUUGAAGUAGUUUUUAAAUCAUUUAAUCUAAGAGGAAAUCCACCAGACGGUUCGGCCGUUGGUGAAUUACCAUCAUGUGUUCAUGAGUAUAUGGAUAUAUACUCAGAAGUGCAAUCAUCGGAACCAGCAGAACUGAUAAACUCACCAUUUGGUGGCCGUUAUUGUGGUACAAUACCACCCCGACAACGCAUUUCCAUGUAUCGUGCCAUAGCUAUUUCAUUUUUUACCAAUAAAAAUCUAACAACACCGGAUCUAUUUGAGGGCACCUUUAGAUUUAUAAAUGCAUCGGAAUAUGAGAUUGGUAUACCAAUUGCUGGUUCGCCAUGUUCCUAUACAAUAACACCCAGUUUGAGUAUAAAUAAGACGGGCGUCUUAAUAUCGCCCACCUAUCCGGGUGCCUAUCCCAAGGAUAUGUCCUGUACAUAUCAAUUUUUGGGUGAAUCGAAUCAAAGAGUUCGUUUAGAAUUUCGUGAUUUUGAUCUGUUUUUUGGUCGACCACACUGCCCAUUCGAUUAUGUUAAAGUUUACGAUGGUCCCGACAAUUCAUCAGCAUUAAUUGGUACAUAUUGCGGACAGCAAAGAAAUUUAGUUUUAUAUUCGAGCGAAUCGAGUCUGUUUGUUCAUUUUUUUACAUUAUCGCGCACAGCCAAUACGCAAAAUCGUGGUUUUAAAGGAAUUUAUGAAUUUAGUGAAAGUUUUGUUAAAUUAGAUUUUAUACGAGAAAAUGAUGGCAUUCACAUACGUGGCUCCGAAUGUGAUCAAAAGAUUUUAUCUAAAAAGGAAUCCACAGGUUUUGUCCUAUCGCCAAAUUAUCCUUAUCCCUAUAUACCAAAGACCGUUUGUAGAUAUUUCAUUUAUGGUAUGCAGGAUGCCCAACAUUUAGAACGGGUACGUUUGGAAUUUUUGGCAUUUAACAUACCAAAGGUUGAGCAUAAGGAUAAGAGCGAAUCAAAUUGUACCGAUGGCUAUCUGAAAGUCUAUCUCAAGGGCCAAGAAACUGCCGAUGCCUAUGAUAAAUUCGAUUAUGAAUUAUGUGGCAAUGAAACUCAACGUGUUGUUAGUGAUGGUCCCCGUCUGGCCAUGGUAUUUAGUUCGGGUGAACUGCAAGGGCGUGGUUUCAAGGGUAAAUAUACCUUUGAGACUGAGUACAAAAUACCCGGUACCGCGGCACCCGAUGGCACCUGUAGCUUUACCUAUGUCAGUUCAUCGAAAAAACGUGGCGAAUUGAAUAGCCCCCGCUAUCCAUCGAAUUAUCCCUCGGAUACGAAUUGUUCAUAUCUGUUUCUCGCCGAAGCCAAUGAACAGGUGACAAUUGUAUUCGAUCAUUUUAAAAUAAAGGCCGAUGGUAAUGCAAAUGUAACCGCAGGGGCAUAUGGCUCUGUUAACUGCUUUGAAGAUUGGUUGGAAAUGUAUGUCGUCUAUCGGGAUAAUAAUGAUCGUUUUCUUGGUCGCUAUUGUGGUAUGACAGCGCCCGGCCCCGUCGAGAGCCCAAGGGGUGCGGUGGGUUUGCGUAUUACAUUGCAUACCGAUCAAGAGAAUGUGGCCAGUGGUUUUAAGGCUCGUUAUUUUUUUGAAACUGCCAAAAGUGAGAUAGGCGACUGUGGAGGCAACUUUUCCAGUGAAGAUUCAGGCAUUAUAACAUCCCCCAAUUAUCCGGCGGGUUAUAAGGCGCCCGGUCGCGGUAUGGCCUCAAUGGCAUGCAAUUGGAUAAUGACAGCCCGUCCGGGCUAUAAGCUAUCAAUACAUUUUGAACAUUUCUCAUUGGAGGGUGAUCCGGCAAAUCGUGGUUGCCCUGCAGCUGUUUUGCGUCUUUGGGUUAAUGUUGACUCCGAUCAACCGCCUUUGGAAUUGUGUGGCGAAAAGCCCCCCAUGGAACAAUGGCAUUAUAUUUCUACGGGACAAACGGCUCGUAUUAGUUUUACCACCAGUGAUAAGACUGUUGGUGCACCGGGCUUCCGCAUUGUAUGGACUGAAAUACAAGAUUCUGGACCAGGACCACCAUACAUUGGCCUGCUCUGCGAGUCCACCUACCAUUUUCAGUGUGAAGUGGGCUAUUGCAUAUCCGAUAAAUUGCGUUGUGAUGGUGUCAAGAACUGUGGUCCCAACGAUAAUAGUGACGAAAUGCACUGUGAGUC